AAUCAACCCCAUCGAGCAAUCCCAACCUCUCCCGUGCGGUUUGGAGCUGGAAGAUGCGGAAAUCCCCCAUCCAUGGCGAUCCAGAAUCCUCAAUCGUAGCUCGGCCCGCGAAAUCUCUCCCGUCUCCGCCCCAAAGUUGGCUUCUUUUGUUGCCCCGACUGGGGGAAUUGCGCAUCUGGAUGUAAAGAUGCGUUCUUGGCCGCGAACGCAGAGCUCUACUUAGAUCCGCCGAUUUAGUGGCGAGGAUGAAGGGAACUCUGCGUGUGUUGUUCCGUUUGUUGAUCCUGAUCGGGGUGUUUUCAGUCCUUGGCUUCCGGGCUGUGCUCCAGGACGGCAGGCGCCGCGAGCGGCAGCCUCCGGAGGCGCCACCGGUCAACGCGACGCUCCUCAGGCUGGCUGCUGUGGAGCAACGGGAGACGGAGCUGCAGAAGGACGUCGACGACCUCCUUGACGGGACCUUCCUAUUCGGCCACGGCGGCGGCGGCGCCGGGGGGCGGCCCCGGACCAAUUCGGACUGGCGGCGGGAGAACCACCUCGAUGUGCUGCGGCGGCACGAGAUGCCGUUUUCCCAGCGGCUUCGCGCCCCCAAGGACUACAGGGCCUUGCCCGACUUCCGCCGCCCCCUUCGUGACUGGUUCCGGCGCCGCCGAUUCCAUCCCGGGAUCAUGUCGGAGCUAGUCGAGCACAUCAAGCGCCCCAUCGAUCGCCACCACGGCCGCCUCGACACCGAGGCAGAGCGUUAUGGCUCCUGCGCGGUGGUUGGCAACAGCGGGAUCCUUCUGAACAACGACCACGGCGAGCUGAUCGACGGCCACGAGCUUGUGAUCCGUCUCAACAACGCCCGCAUCAAAGGGUACGGCCACAAGGUGGGCUCAAAGACCGGCCUUUCCUUCGUCAACAGCAACAUACUCCACCUGUGCGCUCGACGGCACGACUGUUUCUGCCAUCCAUACGGCGAGAACGUCGCCAUGGUCAUGUACAUCUGCCAAGCCGCCCAUUUCCUCGACUACGCCGCCUGCAACUCCUCCCACAAGGCGCCGCUCCUCAUCACGGACGCGCGGUUCGAUAUGCUCUGCGCCCGCAUCGUCAAGUACUACUCGCUGAAGAGAUUUGUGGAGACGACCGGGAAGGCGCCGGAGGAGUGGGCGAAGGCCCACGACCCGAGGACGUUCCAUUACUCAUCGGGGAUGCAGGCGGUGAUGCUGGCGUUGGGAAUCUGCGACAGAGUUGGCGUCUUCGGAUUCGGGAAGUUGCCGGAGGCGAAGCACCAUUACCACACCAACCAGAAGGCGGAGCUGGACUUGCAUGAUUACGAGGCGGAGUAUGACUUGUACCGCGACCUGGCUGAGCAGCCGCAGGUAAUACCGUUUCUUCAAGACUCCGGCAUUAAGUUUCCCCCGAUAGUAUUCUACCACUGAGAUCAUUGUUUCAAUGUGAUGAUACAAAUUGCAUAUAUAUAUAUAUAUA